UUAACAGAACAACAACAAGCCCGUUUCCAUAUUUGAAAGAAGAGUUGGUAUUGCGUAUCGGCGGUAUCGCUAGUUGGGGGGUAUUGGAGCAAACAAUGAAAAUGGGAGCAACCACAUCAACCUCCUCCUCAUGCUACUUUCCUCUCUCUCAAUUACAAUAUUUGAAGUUAUAUUCGGUCAACAAUUUAGAAUCUCUUCCAGAGGAGUGGCUGCGAAACCUCGUUUCUCUUCGAAAACUCGAAAUUUACAAAUGUGAUGGACUCAUAUCUCGCCCUUGGAUAGCCAACCUCACAUCACUACAAUUCCUCACAUUUUGGGAAUGUCCCAAUCUAACAUCACUUCCUCAAGGGAUUCGUAGUCUCACCUCUUUAACAGAGUUGAAAAUUACUGAUUGUCCCCUCUUACGGCAAAGAUUCAAGAGGCAAAUAGGUGAAGAUUGGUCCAUCAUUGCUCAUGUCCCAUGUGUGAUUUUGGAUUAUGAGAACCAGCAGGAAGAAACAAUUUUUUCAGAACUGAACACCAAUUCAUUUGUUCCUCUUCAUUCUGCCUUUUGAGGUUUUGUUCUCAAUCAGUUGACUUCUCACGUAAGGCAAGGACAAACCUGGCUUAAAAUUUGGACCCUAUUCAGAACUUUAUGUCCCUGAAGUUAAGGCAAGUACAGUCAUGGAC